AGCUGACAUACUGCAGUUUAUUGAGGUUAGCUACACCACAGAACUUUCCUCAUCUGCAUGCGAGCUCAAAGGGCUGUUCCAGAAGAGGCUUAUUUCACAAUCUGUUUAUUUUUACUUUCCUUCUCUCAGUGAAAAUACUGAUGUCGGAUUUACCUGUUACCUGUCAUUUUCUUGAGAAACUGACACUUGUUUAGAGUUUUCUCUCUCUCUCUCUUUCUCUCUUUCUCUCUCUCUCUUUCUCUCUUUCUCUCUCUCUUUCUCUCUCUUUCUCUCUCUCUUUCUCUCUCUGAGCUUUAACUUUACAUCAGAAAUGUCAGGGAACCUGUACGGAAAUAAAACUCCACUCUAACAUACAUGGGGGACAAUGCAGACUUCAAGGCCCUGAGGGCCAAGUUUCAUUCUCAAGCUGAAAGGGCCGCAUCCAAUGCUGGACCUUACUCCAGGCCUCACAUUGCUGGUUAUUUGCCAGAGUCGUCAGACAAUGGACUGGUCCGAAACAAAAUUCCCCUUUUAACACCAAAGCCGGUGUUUCCAGUGAACCCCGGCACCGAACCCAAGAGAUUUAGUUCAAAUCCCCAAGGAGUGUUUCCCAAACCUCCACCAUCUCACCGUUUAGGAGCUAAAGAUGAUCCUGUACCACCUGUCGCUGACACUGAGAACACAAGGAGAGUAAAACUGACAGGAGAGCUUCUCCAAAACAGGAUGCUGCAACAUCUUGAGAAGAAGCCCCAAGCACAUCCCAGGUCACUACUGCCAAGUCAGAAGAGCUUGUCAGAUGUAAUUCCUCUGAGAAAACCAUUCCCUAAUGUUGGGCAACGACCUACAAAGCCCAAACGACCUCCGUCUGUCAACCUGGAGCGUUUUCGUGUCAAGGGUCCAGCCUUUCUGCACACAGUCCAUCAAGAUACUAAAGCAUCUGAAGGGCCACCACGACCACCGAAAUCAACUUUUAUGUCUGCGACGCCGCCGGUUACACAGAGAAUCAUCGAACCUGAACAGGACACAUACGAUGAUAUCGAUUUGCCCCCACCUCCACCUCCGCCUCCUAAACCAUCUUCCGGUGAAUCAUGGACGAGCAGUUUCUCGUCUCAGGCUGAUGAGGAGAGCGACGAUAGCGAAAUUUACGAACAUGUCGAUCAGGACGAGAUUGCACAGCCUGUGGUUUUGGAGAAGAAAAAACUAAAAGAACACAAACGACAACAAGAAGUGGAAAAAAAGAAAGAGCAAAAGGAGAGGCUCAAAAAAGAAAACGAGUACCGAAAAAAGUUCAAACUGACUGGAGAGAUCGACGUGCUGCACAUAGCUCGUGUGAGAGAGGACUGGCACGGGGGGAAGAACGAUCUGCGUGUGCGACAGGGAGAAGCUGUGGAGAUCGUGCGUGUGAAGAACAACCCAGAGGGAAGAUGGCUGGCACGAAACAUGAGCGGGGAAUAUGGAUAUAUCAGUAACACGUGCGUAGAUGUGGACUACGAAGGAAUAAAGCGAAAGAUUCGCAGCGAAGCCGCUCCUCCUGCGCUUCCUCCUCCCGCCUUAUUGGACGAGGACGUCUACGACGACGUCGGUUCCGACACACUGAACAGCAGCCUCAAUGUGAGCGGCGAGAUAUAUGAUGAUGUCGAUCAUGUCAUACCCGAUGACUUCCCCCUCCCCCCUCCGGAGAUCUGCCAAGACCCUAAAAAAAGCAAGAAGCUAGAGAAGGAGGAAAAGGAGUUCAGAAAAAAGUUUAAGUUUGAAGGCCCCAUCCAAGUGCUGUGCUGCAUGAUGGUGGAUCCAAACGCCAACAUCAAGAAGGGCGGUGGGAAGGAGCUGACUGUUGUGAAGGGGGAGAUUCUUGAAGUUAUUCAGCAGACUAACGAGAAGAAAGUACUCUGUCGUAAUGAUCAGGGAAAAUUUGGAUAUGUUCCCAGACAUUACCUUCUACAUGAGGAAAACGACAUAUAUGAUGAUAUUGACAACAUGACAGGUAUGAGAGUGAAAAGAAAUGGUUUCCAAAAUGGUUGUCAAGGAUUUAUAGCUGUAUAUAUGAUCAAACGUGAUCCGCUUCAGACAAAUAUUGUCAAUUGUAAUAUGUAAGAUUCUUCCAGUCUCCAUUCUUCAGUCUCCAAACCUCAUGUUUAACAUGCAACAUUUUAUAUCUUUUAUUUUCACAUUUUUCCUCACAGAUAUUUAUGAUAAUGAUGUCAGUGGACCAGCUCCACUGAGGUCUUGACCAUCAUAUUAACAAUGAUACGAUGGACGAGGUGGAAGAAAAAGAGGACCUUAUGAGAUUGAUUCAUGUGUAUUGAGGACACGAGGUCAGGAAGGAGGAGGAGGAGAAUAUUCAAAUGUUGUACAUUGAAGAAAUAAAUGCAUGUUUUUACUAA